GUACUUAUUUGCUUCUUGGGCGUCAAGAAAUCUCUAUUCUAUUAAAGCAGCGAAUCCCUCCGUCUCUUUAAUCAAACUCUCCCACAAUUUUAUCGCCUGUAAACCUAAUCGGCCAUGGCUCUACUCGGACCGCCGGAGCUCCGAAACGCCGCCCUGCCAUCGCUCGAAACCCACACCACACCACCAUCAUCCGGCGAUCCAUUUGUGGAUCUCAUGGUUGCCAAUUUCAACGAAGCCAAAUCCUCCCCUCCGAUGGGCUUCACCGAGAACAUGGCGGCUACCUAUCUCUCAUCCGGCGACCCCUGCCUCGAUUUCUUCUUCCAUGUCGUCCCCGACACCCCGGCGGGGUCCCUCGAAGCGCGGCUUUCCGCCGCGUGGCAGCAUGACCCUUCCACGGCGCUCAAACUCAUCUUCAACCUCAGAGGCGUCCGCGGUACCGGGAAAUCCGAUAAGCAAGGGUUUUACACGGCGGCGAUUUGGCUCCACAACCACCAUCCCAAAACCCUAGCCUCUAAUAUCUCUCACUUGAUGUUAGAUCCACGCAGAAGACUGAAUGGGAUCGGAGAAAGCGUCUCGCGGUCAGAAAGAGCAUAAAGAUGAAAUGUAAGGGCACAGCUAAGAAGAAGAAAGUUAUGUACAUGGUUCCCUCUCUGCCCAAAGAAGAAAGGAAACUGGUUAUGGCCAAGAAGGUGAUCGAUAAGUACAAGGGCGAUGGAGAUUUCCGGUAUCUCUAUGACCGGAUCUCCGAUUUCUUCGGGGAAGCUCUCAGAGCCGAUCUGGAGCGCUUGAAGGCAGGGGAGAUGCACAAGAUCAGCCUCGCCGCAAAAUUGUUGAAUAAGUCAAUUCUAAUUUU